CUAGUGAACUGCCUACCUACCUAGCUAGCCAGCACUUUUCGGACAGGUCUCUUUCUUUUACUGUCUAUGGUCUCGAUCGAUGCAGAGUUCUGUUCAUUCUGAGAUUUAGAUUCAGUCCGAUUCGUGAACGCACAGACUGGUUUUGAAAAUCGGUUCAGUUGAUUCAUUGCAAAUUUCACUUUCAUUCACUUUCAGUUCGUGAAUAAUUAUGACUUCAGCCUUUUUAGCUUCUCUAUCCCACAGGUUAUAUUUAGCCUAUGUGUAAAAAAAAAAAAAACUAUUUAACUCAAAAAUAUCAACGUGUUCACUUUUUGAACAGAACGCGCGUUGUAAAUGAACUCUCUGUAGGCGGGGUCAAGAAAACAAGUGAGCUUAACCUAGACAGCACUUCUGCAUUUGGUUUUAGUAUGCACACUAGGCUUUUAGGAGACAGCCAGUGUUUGUGUUUACAUGCGGUUUUAUCACUUUUACUCAUAAUUUAGCUAUAAGUCCACACUCUUUUUCUUUGUCUUCUUAUUUUGUAGCCUUUUCAGUUUAUUAUCAGCAAAAUCCGAUAACAAUGUGCCUGAUAAGUGGGCGGAAAAACAGCGCAAUAAUAUUUCCGGGUGUUUGGAAGUGGGGAACCCCAUGGUGUUUUUCUACCGUGGGUACAUAACUAAAACGUCAAAACCAUAUCAAUGCUAUCAUAACGUGCUGUUGGCACAGACAUUUCAUUGAAAAGCUCAAUGGCUUCUGGAUUAGCAGCUUCAGACCCGUCGUUAAACGGGAUUUCGUCCACACCUGGUGAGAACGAGUACCCGUCGGGUUUUCCUCAGAGCAUCUGCGACGAGGUCCCCAAAGAGAAGUACUUGUGCAGCAACUGUAAUAAUGUCUUGAAUAAAGCGCGUCAAACGGUGUGUGGUCACCGCUACUGCCUCGCCUGCGUCAACUGGCUGGUCAGAAACAACAAGGACCUUGUGUGCACAAAGUGUAAAGAAGAAGAUCCCAGUGUUGAGAGUGACACUAGUGAACUACUGACUCUUGACCAAUUCUUCAAUGAUGCGGCUAUCAAUAAAGAAAUUUUGGAUCUGAAAGUUCAUUGUGCUAACCAAGGCUGCCCCUGGAGAAGCACCCUGAAGAACUUUGAGGACCAUCAGAGUCAAUGUGAGUAUGCUCUGAUCCCUUGCAAUAUUGGCUGUGGCAUAAUGGUGCAGAGGAAGACACUGGCCACGCAUCUGGAGAGGGGCUGUCCCAACAAUAAGACAACAUGUUCCUCUUGUGCUGGUGUCCUGACACCGAGGGAACUCCAGAAGCAUGUAUGUCCCAGUUCAAGCGAUAAGAAGGCGACUAAGGCGGAUAAACGGCAAAAGAAUAAUCACUCGGGCAGCUCGAAAAAGAAAGAGCCAUGCAUUUUCUCAGAAGUUGGUUGUUCUUUUAAGGGAUUUGCAGACAAAGUAAAAGAACAUGAGUCUUGCAGCCAUGUGGGCCAUCUACAGCUCCUCUUGGAUGUGACCAGGGCUCUUCAGCGUACCUUGAGUUCCCCCGCUGAGCGUGGCCAACGCGAAAUCCUUGAUUUUCUUCAGCCUGAACAUUGUGCAUCCCUCGCUUCUCUGAGUGAGGGUGAGAUUGAGACCGACGGAGGAGAUCCAGGAGUGAGUGAUAAGGCCUUCAGCCUCCACGAUGAUCAGGUUGAACUCGCUGUUGGCCAGCAACUGGACGCCAUACAGCAGAGAGUGCAGGUUAUGGAGAACAUCAUCUCAGUUUUGAACAGGGAGGUGGAGAAGACGCAGCUCAGUGUUGUUGCACUGGAGAGGGACAAUGCCAACAAUCAGCAGAUCAUUGAGCACUUGGAAAACAAAGUAGCCGAGCUGCUGCAGAGGCUGGUCAGGAAAGACAUUCACAUCAGUUCAUUGCAGCAGUGUAUCAGCGCCCAGCAGGACGUCUCAUAUGAUGGCACCUUCCUCUGGCGGUUGUGUGAUGUCAGCCAGAGUCAGAGAGAGGCUGCCAGCGGCGUGAAGAUCAGUCAGUACUCGCCAGCUUUCUACACUGCCAGGUAUGGAUUUAAAGUGUGCAUGCGCCUCUAUUUGAACGGAGAUGGGGUUGGAAAGGGAACGCACAUCUCUCUUUUCUUUGUUAUAAUGAAAGGAGAAUAUGACCCCAUUCUCUCAUGGCCGUUCAGACACAAGGUAACGUUCUUUUUCAUAGACCAAAACCAGAGGGAGCACGUCAUCGACGCUUUCCGUCCCGACCUCUCCUCUGCCUCUUUCCACCGGCCCGUCUCAGAGAUGAAUGUGGCCAGCGGGUGCCCCCUCUUCUUUCCUCUGGGGAAAUUGAGGUCGCCUAAGCACGCCUACUGCAAGGAUGACACAAUCUAUAUCAAGUGUGUGGUGGACAUCUCCUCCUGAACCAUGAAGGCUUGAAAAGAAAGACCUUGGGGAUCUCAGAGAGGAUUUGGAUCAAAUGAAUAUGGAGUGCAGAGAAAUGACAAACCUAGAAAUAUUCAUGAACUCGGUUGCAUUUUGGUACAUGGAUAAAAGAUUAGUUUAAAAUCUUUAAAAAAAGAAAUUCUUUUUUGUGUUAUUUUGUAUAUUUUUAUUUUUUUUUAAUUUAUUAUGGAGCGAAAUCUUGAUUUUGAUUAUCAUAUUGACAUGUGUUAUUGCAUAUGUUGUAAAAAAGUAAAAUUUGUUUAUCUUGU